AUGUAUUUGGUCAACAGCGCGCUAAAGUACAUAGGAGUUAUAACGAGUGAUGACUCAGACAAUGAAGAAUACCAAAAAGUACUCACACUUCCUAAAAAUCCAAAGGAGAAUGUUGAUAGAAUAGGUCUUCUGCAUGAAUUAGUUCUAAAUGCAAAAGAGAGUGCAGUUAACAUAUCAUCCAUGGCCCAUGAAGAUAACUUAAAUAUUGAAAAACCAUUACAAGAGACUGCUUCUACUGAAAACAAUGAAUCAGUAGAGGAUAUGAAUGAAGAGGCAUUCUAUAAUGUGAUUGGUGAGAUAGUAGAUGGCUUGGUUAACCAAGUAACAAAUGAUAUAGAAGGCUGUGAUACUAAAAAGACUGACGCUGCGACUAAAACUGAGACUGAGACUGAAGGAAUUACUUUUUAUAUGCGCCGAUUAAGACUUGAAGAUGUAAUAAGGCCUCUCAGAAAAUCAUAUAAUAGUCUGAAGAGUGCUGACGACAGAUACACUGCUUUAUUUAUGUGUAUACAGCUAAUUAUACGUAACAGCUUAGAUAUUCGCCUGUGGAAUCAGACCUUCCCAAUAGAUCACAAGAGAAUUAUUUCCAGAAUAUCAUACAUGCUACUUGAGCAGCUCCUUCAGAAAAAAGCAUCAAUAAUAAACCCGGCGAUAUACAAAGCAUCAGAGACACGGGAGCAAAUCACUGAUGAGGAGUUGUCUAUGGUGGUGAUUGAUGCAGUCACUGCUAUAGGCAAGUCCGGUCUACUCGAUGAGUUUGGAGCUAUAAUUAACAAAUGGUAUAAGGAAUUCAUUUCUCUUGAAACAAUUAACCAGUCUGCAUAUCUUCUGCAUAUGCUACGAUCACACCAUGCAAUGCUCUUAAACAACAAGGUCUUGAAAAAAAGAAUACACAUUGAUCUAGAAAUGCUUUCUUCUAAAAUAGCUGAGACUAGAACUAAAAGAGGCCAGCAAGAUUCAAUUCAAAAAGCAAUGGAGAUGGAUCUUUUUAAACCAGAUGAAAAAAACGAGUAUCCUAUUAACAAGGCCUUGAAGGUGCUAAUUUCGAAUAGAAGUAAGUGCUUGGACGUGCUUAACAGUUCCAAUAUUAGUAGUAGUAGGCUAUUUACCAUUCACGAAGAAAAUUUGCUUUUGGCUCUGCACAGUCAGUGGACAGUUGCAACAAAAAAGUACACAAUGGUCUAUAAGCAAAUUGACCAGAUAGUCUCUGAAAUGGAAGACUUAGUGCUCACUCGGUCAGACUACAACUAUAUGAACAAGAAGGAUAUAAGCAAUACAUAUGAAAAACGACUCAACAGAUACAAUGAAUUCCUUGCAUUAAAGCAUGAUGCACUUAUUUCUAAUCCUGAAUACUAUUCAGUAAAAGAGUACUUAAGCAGCACGAUACUGGAUCUUAAAAAGUUAGCCAAGAAAAUACCCAGUGUAACCUAUUUAUGCAAGCAUAUGUGUGGGUUUGAGACACUUGCAGAAGAGAAUUCUGAUAUUUAUAAAAAGAGCUAUGAUCACUACGUAUCUACCAAAUACACAAGAGAUGUUCUUGCUGAGAGCAAACAGAAAAACAAAAGUAAGAAAAAUAAUGAAGUGAAGCCAAUAUUGCCAGAGGGCACAGAGAACCCAUUUGUUCAGUCCACUUCCUAUACGGCUCUUUUUGCAGACAGUCUGCUUGAUGAUACUUACAAUGCAGAUUCAAAGAACUCUGCAGGUAGCAGUUCAUCAUCUAAAGGCAUUAAAAAAGCUAAAGCACUGGUUUUAGGUGUAACUGCUGCAUGCAUGCUUGCUGCAGGUACUGUUUCAGUAGCGAGCGUUAUAUCUUCAUAA